GUCAAAACCUCUCCUAACAUAGCUUGCCUGACACAUGAUCCCAUAACUGAGGAUUUGGUUGAUGAGCCUUCCCACACUGGAGGCGGAGGAUCAGGGGCCUUUGGACUCAGUGGCCUUUGAGGAUGUUAAUGUGGAGUUCACCAUGGAGGAGUGGGCUUUCCUGGAUCCCACCCAGAAGAAACUCUACACAGAUGUGAUGCUGGAAACCUUCUGGAACCUGGCAUCAUUUAUAAUGCUUUUUCUAGCAUGUAUUUUAGAAGAACAAUGUGACGACCAUGACAGUGAAGAUCAGUAUGAAAAUCAUUGGAUGCAUCUUAGCAGUCAUAUGGUAGAGAGACUCUGUACAAGGAAGGAUGGUAGUCAAUGCAGAGAAAACUUCAGCCAGAUCCCAAAUAAUAAUGAAAAGAAGGAAAUUCCUAAAAUAAAACAACCUAAAUCCAGGUUGUGUAGGCAAAUCUUCAUACGUUAUUUAUCCUUGAAUAACCACCUGAGCUCUCACAUUGGACCCAAACUGUACCUGUGUCAGGAAUAUGAAGAAAAACAUUAUAAAUAUAAGGAAGCUGAGAAAGCUUUCAAGCCUCACCAACAUAUUCAGAGUCAUGAAGGCAGCCACUGCAAGAAAACUUUUCACUAUUCAACUUCCCUUAGAAAUCAUGAAAGAACACAUAUUCCUGGGAUACCGAAUGAGUGUGAGCAAUAUGGAAAAGGCUUUAGUUAUCUCACUUACUUUAAACUUCACAAAAAUACUCAUAGUGGAGAGAAACCAUGUCAAAGUAAGCAAUGUGGCAAAGCUUUCAGUUCUCCCAAGUACUCUGGAGAAAAUGAAAGACACACUGCAGAAAAGCCCUAUCAAUGUAAGAAAUCUGGAAAAGUUUUCAGUUCCACUUCUCUUAGAAGUCAGGAAAAAACACACUCUGAUGAGAAACAUUAUGAAUGUGGGAACGUCUUCAGUUGGCUCAGCUCUCUUGGAAAACAUAAAAGAAGUCAUCCCAGAAAGAAGCCUUAUGAAUGUAAGGAAUGUGGUAAAACAUUCCAUCAUCUCUAUGCCCUUAUAACUCACCAAGGAAUGCAUACUGAGGAAAAACCAUAUGAAUGUCAGCUUUAUGGUAAAAUUUUCUCUUAUCCAACUUCCCUCCAAAGUCAUAAAGGAACUCAUACCAGGGGAAAACCCUGUGGUUGUAAGCAAUGUGAGAAAGCCUUCAGUUAUACAAAGUCUUAUCGAGAGCAUCAAUGGAUUCAAUGUGGAGAAAAGCCCUAUGAAUGUAAGCAAUGUGGGAAAGCUUUCAGACAUUCCACUUUUCUUAGAAAUCAUGAAAGGAUGCAUACUGGGGAGAAACCCUAUGAAUGUAAACAAUGUGGGAAAGCCUUCCAUUAUAGCAGCUCUCUUGGAAAACAUAAACGAUGUCAUGACGGAAGGAAGCCUCAUGAAUGUAAGAAAUGUGGUAAAACAUUCCAUCAUACCUUUUUCCUUAGAAAUCAUGAAAGAACUCAUACUCGGGUAAAACGCUUUAAAUGUAAGCAUUGUGGCAAAGGUUUCUAUUAUCAAUAUUCUCUUCGAUAUCAUGAAAGAACUCAUACUGGGAAAACACCCUAUGAAUGUAAGCUAUGUGGUAAAGUUUUCUCUUAUUCAACUUCCCUCCAGUAUCAUAAAAGAACUCAUACCGAGGAAAAACCCUAUGAAUGUAAGCAAUGUGGGAAAGCCUUCAGUUCCAGGAACUCUCUUGCAAAUCAUAAAAUAAGUCAUGAUGAAAAGAAGCCUCAUGAAUGUAAGAAAUGUGGUAAAACAUUCCAUCAUUACUAUUCCCUUAGAAAUCAUGAAAAUACUCAUUCUGGGAAGAAACCCUAUGAAUGUAAGGUUUGUGGUAAAGUUUUCUCUUAUUCAACUUCCCUUCAAUAUCACGAAAGAAUGCAUACUGGGGAAAAACCCUAUCAAUGUAAAGUAUGUGGGAAAGCCUUCAUUUUUCCCAGCUCUCUUGGAAAUCAUAAAAGAAGACAUCAUGGAAAGAAGACUCAUGAAUGUAAGGAAUGCGGUAAAACAUUCCAUUAUCAAUAUUACCUCCAACUUCAUGAAGGUAUUCAUACUGGUGUAAAACGUUAUGAAUGUAAGCCUUGUGGUAAAGCUUUCUGUUAUCCAUCUUCCCUGCGUAGUCAUGAAAGGACUCAUCAUAAGGAAGAACCCUAUAAAUGUAAGCAUUGUAGCAAAGCUUUCUCUUAUCCAUCUUCCCUCCAAUGUCAUGAAAGAACUCAUACUGGGGAAAGACCCUAUAAAUGUAAGCAUUGUGGCAAAGCUUUCUCUUAUCCCACUUACCUCCAAUAUCAUCAAAGAAUUCAUACUGGGGAAAAACCCUAUAAAUGUAAGCAUUGUGGCAAAGCUUUCUGUUUUCUAUCUGCCCUCCAAACUCAUGAAAGAUCUCAUACUGGUGUAAAACGCUAUGAAUGUAAGCAGUGUGGUAAAGGUUACUAUUAUCAAUGUUCUCUCCAAAGUCAUGUUAGAGCUCAUAGUGUUAGACCAUCCUAUGAAUGUAAGCUAUGUGGUAAAGUUUUGUCUUCUUCAACUUCCCUUCAAUAUCAUGAAAGAAUCCAUACUGGGGAAAAACCCUAUCAAUGUAAGGAAUGUGGGAAAGCCUACGUUUCUCCCAGCUCCCUUGGAAAUCAUAAAAGAAGCCAUGAUGGAAAGAAGCCUCAUGAAUGUAAAGAAUGUGGUAAAACCUUUAUUUAUCCCUCUUUCCUUAGAAGACAUGAAUUAACUCAUACUGGUGUAAAACCCUAUAAAUGUAAGCAUUGUGGUAAAGGUGUAUCUUCUUCAGCUUACCUGCGAUAUCAUGAAAGAACACACACUGGAUAAAAGCCCCACGUAUGUUAGCAAUGUGGUAAGGCUUUUAGUCUUUCUGCAUCUCUUAGAGGUCAUGAAAAAAUACAUACUGGAGAGAAACUAUGACUGAAAGCAAUGUGAGGAAGCCUUUUUUUCUGCCAAAUGCCUUAGAGAACAUAAAAUAACUCAUCAUGGAAAGAUGCCUCAGAAUGUAAGGAAUGUGGUAAAACUUUCCUUUAUCCCUCUUUGCUUAGAAAUCAUGAAAAAAUUCAUACUUGGGAAAAACC